AUGAAGGACGCGGCGAUUCACCCAACCCUAGGAAUGGAACAGACGGUCCGCUCUACGAGCGCUCUGGCGAGAGAGGCAGAAGAGAUAAACGAAAGACCGUCUACUAGGAAAGCGGAUGGAAUCCCAGCUACAAUCCUUCCGCUUUCCGAUCUUGAUAACGCCGUCGUUGGAUGGGAUAGUCAAGAUGACCCUACGAUGCCCUUGAAUUUCUCCGCGGCUCGGAAAUGGGUGAUCGUUUGGUCUCUAGCCGCAAUCACCUUCAUGUCUCCCUUCUCAUCUUCAGUCCUAGCUCCUGCCAUAUCAUAUAUCAACCACGAUUUUCACAACACAAAUCCGCCUGUGGGUCCAUUCCCAGUCAGCAUUUAUCUCCUCGGCUACGCCACAGGCCCCUUAUUUUUAGCGCCUCUUUCUGAGAUAUUCGGCCGCGCAGGCAUACUCACCUUUUCCAACAUAUUCUUCUGCGUAUGGCACAUAGGAUGUGCCCUAUCUCCAAGCCUCGGUUUCCUCGUGGCAUUUCGGUUCGCGGCUGGUAUUGGUGGUAGCGGUUGCAUGACCUUGGGAGGUGCUAUCAUCGGCGAUCUUUUUCCUAUUGAGAAGCGCGGCGUAGCUCUCUCGAUAUGGGCAUUGGGUCCUCUCGUUGGUCCGACGGUAGGCCCUUUGAUAGGGGCCUUCAUCGCUGGUUCUAUCGGCUGGCGUUGGUCAUUCUGGGUUGUUCUGGCCCCUUCAGCUGUCAUCACCGUGAUCCUGGCUAUCUUCCUGCCCGAAACGAACCAUAAGGUUCUCAUGCAACGAAAGGCGAAAAUAUUAGGCAGGGAGUUGGAUCGAACAGAUCUGAGGACAUGCUACGAAGCCAAUGAAUCGCGAAAGGUGUCUCAGCUCAGUAUCCUCACUAUCGGCAUGUUGCGGCCGCUGAAGAUGCUUAUUUUCGCACCUAUGAUUCUCAUUCAAUCUUUAUACGUCUCCUUCAUCUACGGAUCCGUCUAUUUGAUGUACAACUCCAUUCCUCCAACCUUCGAGACACGGUAUGGCUGGGGUACUGGUGUUUCUGGCUUAGUCUUUAUUUCCAUCGGCCUUGGCUAUAUGGCCGGUCUCUGGGCUUUCUCUAUGUUGUCGGAUAGGACAGUGGUGCGUCUGACAAAUGCGAAUGGCGGCGCAUUCAACCCGGAAUUUCGGUUAACAAUCAUGAUAUGGUACUCUUUUCUCUGUCCGCUUGCCUUUUUCUGGUACGGAUGGUCAGCUCAGGCGAAGACCCACUGGAUUAUACCGAUCAUGGGCCUGUUCCCGCUUGGAUUUGGUGUAAUUGGCGUCUUCAUGCCUACCCAAGCUUACAUUAUCGACGCCUACCCUUCGUAUGCCGCGUCUGGAAUUGCCGCUUUCACUGUCUUGCGUAGCGUGAUCGCCGCGUUUCUGCCCAUAUGCGGACCGGCGCUAUUCGGUAAUCUCGGGGUCGGGUGGGGAAGCUCGGUGCUUGGCUUUGUCGGGCUGGCUAUGAUUCCUAUUCCCAUCAUUAUCUUCAAAUUCGGCGCAAGACUAAGGGAGAGAUACCCAGUAAGACUCUGAGGCGCUUACCUGUAC